AUGGCUGUCGUCAUCCAGAGGAGCCCUUCCUCGCCUGCUGAGGGUGGCUGCUUAGCCGCCGAAAGGCGACGCUGCGCGGCAGCAACGACCAUGCUCGACGACGACAUGGCGCGGAUCGGCAGCGUGGAAUCCUACCAGAGGCUCAGGAAGAUCGGCGAGGGGGCGUUCGGCGCUGUCUCGAAGGCGCAGCACCUCGGCACCGGCGCGGUGGUCGCCAUCAAAUCCAGCCGCGGCAGCGGCGGGGCGGCGGCGGCGCUGCUGGUGCGGGAGGCCGCGCUGCUCGCGGCGUGCCGCGGGAACCCCGCCGUGGUGCGGCUCCUGGAGGUCGUGCGCGGCUCCGGGAUGGACGACGUCGACGACGGCGCCCUCCACCUCGUCCUGGAGUACAUCGGUCCGAGCCUCGACGACGUGAUCCGCCGCCGCCGCGGGAUCCCGUUCGCCGAGUCGGAGGCGCGCCGCGCGAUGGCGCAGCUGCUGGCCGGCGUCGGGUCCAUGCACGCCGACGGCAUCGUGCACUGCGACCUGAAGCCCGGGAACGUGCUGGUCGGGGGGGAGCACGACCGCCGCCGGCUCAAGAUCUGCGACCUCGGCCUCGCCAGGUCCGCCGCCGCCGCGCCGCCGCCGGACGAGCAGCGGGUGGACGGCACGGUCGGGUACAUCGCGCCCGAGGUGCUUCUGCGCGAGAAGGACUGCGGCGGCGCGCCCGCCGUCGACAUGUGGGCGCUCGGGUGCAUCAUGGCGGAGCUCGUCACGGGGCGGCCGCUGUUCCCGGAAGAGGACCUCUGCCGGCAGCUGAUCAGCAUCAUCGACCUGCUAGGGAUCCCUGACGACGUGUCGCUGAUGCCGCUGGGCAUCGACGCCGGGGCGCCGAGCAAGCUGCGGGGGGAGGUGCCCGAGGAGCGGCUGUCGCCGGCGGGCUUCGACGUCCUGCGCGGUCUGCUGCAGUAUGACCCCAAGGACAGGCUCACCGCUGCGGCGGCGCUGCGGAUGCCAUGGUUUGCAUUUGCGCCCAUGGAUGACUGA